AUGUCUAAUCGCACGAAAAGGAAGUUCGAUAUCGACCCCAACGCGUCUGAUCCCGAGGAUCUUGACUACGACGCUACUGAGCGACGGGCCACUCCCCAUCGACGACGCCAUCGCCCAACCUCGAGCUCGAACAAGAGAGGCACCAAGCGAGCGCGCCGAACAUACGCAGGCUCUGACGUUGAUGACGACGACGAAAUAGUCUCAGACGACUCCUUCACCGAUCGCUCCGAAUCCGAGGUUGAGAUCAACCCAAGCACCGGCCGAAGUGUGCGUCGCGCUACCAAGAAACAAAUAAAGUACGAGGAGAGCGACGACGACGCAAUUCAGGAUUCAGACUCCGACAGCGAAGGCGAAGGGGACGAUCACGACGAACUCGGAAGCCCCGUCCCUCAGCGCAAGAGCAAGAAGUCGCUCAUUGUGAAGCUGAAGAUGUCGCAGCCGACGCCAGCCAGACACCUGCGCGCACGAACUGGAAGCAAGUCCAUAGCACCGCGUGGUAGGACGCCAGAAGUCACAGGCCAGCGCCGAAGCAGCCGUCUCUCACAGGAUGUCGAAGAGCCCAUCGUUGCGCUGUCAGACUCUGGCAAGCACGUCACGGUUGUUCGUCAAGGAACGCGCAGCCCCGAGCCCAUGAUAGCUGCUCGUACCACUAGAGGCGGAAAAGGUCCGCCAGCACCAGAGCAUAGUAUCAUCAUGGAGGCAUCGCAGGAAGCAUCAAUGGUGCAACACGACGACGACGACGAUGCGGGCCCGCUAGACACACUCCUUGGUGGUGGCGAUACUCAAGUCGAAGCUAGCCAUGAAGUGUCCCCGGAUCCGACUGCUCAGGCGCACAAGGACGAAGAUGAAUCUGAUGAAGAAAUGAAGGAUGUCAUCCAGGAGUCCCAACAAGAUGCCGCAGCUGAAGACAGCGAUGAUGACGAGCCAAUUACCCGUUCUGGUAGGAAUUUAAGGUCCCGUGGAAAGUCUGCCAAGCGAAAGACUGCCGCAGAUGAAAGUAGUGAUUUCGAACCUGCCGGCGACGACGAGAAGGAUGAGGAAGAGAUGUCCGAGUCGGAUAGCGGCAAGAACAAACGCAAAUAUUCGGAGGACAGCGAGUCUGGAUCUCCCCGAAAGUCAACUCGCACGCGAGCAAAGUCGAGACGAUCCCAGAGGAGCAGACGCAACUCGGAAUCGUCCGAUCAGGAUUCCAUACUCGACCCCGAUGAGCUAGCGGAAGAAGCAGAGGAGCUUACCACUACCAAGCGGCGCCGCCUCAGAAGGAACCCACCUGACUCGGAUCUUGCGUAUGAUGCAGCGCCCAAAUUGCGAGACCGCGCCAGAAACACUGUAGAUUAUCGUCUUAUUCGACCCGAGCUCAACACCAUGUUUGAUGAGGAAGAGGGAGCCGCGGCCGCAGCCGCCGGAAGGUCUCGUCCAAAGGCGGGUGGUCGCGCUGUUUACCGUAGCCUGUUCAAUAGCCAAGGUCCCUUUGGUGGCGGCAUUGCUGGAGGACCAAACAAUCCUGGAGCUGUAGGAGGCAUAGAUUCCGACAGCAGCGAUGAUGACGGUCCUAAAGCCUCUCGAGCUGUUGGUGGUGCCAUUGGCAUGACACCAACAGCAGCAUCUGCCCCAGGCUUUGGAGUCCCUCAAACUCAUAAUGCCGACCCGCAACAAACGACAGGUGGCGGCUCCGGUGGUGGCCCAGCCAACUUUGGCAAAGUCCAGGACAAAAAGGCACUUGCUGAUUCUGACCCUCUUGGGGUCGACCCUACUGUCAAUUUUGAUGGCGUUGGUGGGUUGGACGACCACAUCAAUAAGCUGAAAGAGAUGGUCAUGUUGCCACUGUUGUACCCUGAAGUCUUCCAACGAUUCAAGAUUACUCCACCUCGAGGUGUGCUCUUCCAUGGCCCUCCAGGUACAGGUAAAACGCUGUUGGCACGCGCUCUGGCCUCAAGCGUCAGUUCUCAUGGUCAGAAGGUUACGUUUUACAUGCGCAAGGGUGCUGAUGCUCUGAGUAAAUGGGUUGGCGAGGCUGAGAGGCAGCUACGCUUGCUAUUCGAAGAAGCGCGCAAGACACAACCUAGUAUCAUCUUCUUCGACGAGAUCGAUGGUCUAGCCCCGGUGCGCUCGAGCAAGCAAGAGCAAAUUCACGCAUCGAUUGUUGCAACGCUCUUGGCUCUCAUGGACGGUAUGGAUGGCCGUGGUCAGGUUAUUGUCAUUGGCGCUACCAAUCGUCCUGACUCAGUCGAUCCGGCCCUUCGUCGCCCUGGCCGAUUCGAUCGCGAGUUUUACUUCCCUCUGCCUAACCUGUCGGGAAGACGUGCAAUUAUCGACAUUCACACAAAGAAUUGGGAGCCACCCUUGAAGCCUUCGAUGAAGGACCAAUUGGCCGAUUUGACCAAAGGCUAUGGCGGUGCAGAUCUUCGUGCACUCUGCACUGAAGCUGCACUGAAUGCUGUACAGGGCACGUAUCCUCAGAUCUACCAGAGCGAAAGGAAGCUUCUCAUCGAUCCUACCACCAUCAAAGUUCUCGCAAAGGAUUUCAUGAUCUCAGUCAACAAGAUGGUUCCUUCCUCUCAACGAACAGUCACAGCAAAGGCUGCGCCUCUUGGCAAGUUGAUUGAGCCGUUAUUGCGAAAGCCGCUCGAGGAAGUCAUGAAGCGCAUCGACGAGUUGAUCCCCCGUAGAAAGAAACUUACGGCGUUAGAGGAGGCUCAAUUUGAUGACCGAGAGGAUGAGAAGGGAUUUGAACGCGAAGCCACACUUCGAGAGUUUGAAACAGGCAGGGUAUUCAGACCCCGUCUGCUGAUCAAUGGUCUCCAGGGAAUGGGUCAACAAUACCUCGGUGCCGCUAUCCUCAACAGGAUCGAAGGACUUCAUGUUCAAUCUUUUGAUCUUCCAACCAUCUACGAGGACCCGACUAGGACUCCAGAGGCUGCUAUAACGCAGCUCUUCACUGAAGUGCGCCGCCACAAGCCGAGCGUCAUUUAUAUCCCGGAUGUGAAUGUCUGGUACGAUACAUUGGCUGGUACCCAGGCGAUCAAGACUUUCAAGCUUCUACUACGGAGUAUCAGUGCCAAUGAGCCAAUUCUCCUCCUUGCUGUUAUGGAACUAGCUGAUGAAAAGGAGAAACUCGAUACCGCAAUGAUGGAGGAUCUAUUUCCCUUCUCAAAGAAUAACCAAUACUUCCUCCAGCGCCCAGACCAGCAAAGUCGGGAGGAGUUCUUCACUCAUCUGCUUCAGUACGUGCGGAUGUCACCAACAGACAUCAUUGAUCCCGACAACCGGAAGAAGCGUACCCUGCCAGAGCUGGAAGCUGCGCCUAUAGUAACUCCUGUGGUAGACCCCAAAGACUUGGCUGCCAUGGAGAAGGCUCAGAAAAAGCAAGAUCGCCUGACGCUCAACAAGUUAAAGGUCGCGAUCCAACCAAUCAUGGACCAACUUAAGCGACAGUAUCGAAGAUUCUUCAAGCCCAUUAUUGACGAACAGUAUUUUGCAUACCUGUUGGUGGAAAGUGAUCCGAACACCUUCGGCACAGAUCUUUCGCCCGAAGAGCAGCAGGAGCAAGGAGUACAACGUCCAUGGGAGUACUCUACGGAUUCAAAAGGUUACCCCGUUCUUCUACAUGUGGAAAGCGGUAACAAGUAUUAUAAUCUCGAUCUCAAGACCAUUGAGGAGCGCUUGUCCAAUGGUUACUACACCCGACCAAAGGACUUCCUUUUCGACAUCAAGACUCUAGCAAAAGAUGCCAGGACUUAUGGAGACCCUGAAAGAACACUAAAGACCAAUGAGAUGCAGGCGAAUGUCGAAGUUGAUAUCGAAGUGAUCAGCAGCAAUCACCCUGGCUUGGCGCAAGAAUGCGAGGCAGUUUAUAAGCGUCAGCAAGACAGAGAAGCCAAGUUGAAAGCAAAGGCAACUGCCGAAGGCAAGGAGUCAGCACCGACAGCAGAGACAGCAGCAGCUCCAGAGGCGCAACCCUCCACAACCACUGAUGAGUCUGGGCCUAUCAGACUUGGUGAACCCAUUCCUGGCCAGUCCGCUAUUCCUCCAGUCACACCCUCACGAGCAGUGCCACCAUCAGGCCCAUUGUCAAACGGCACAAGUCUUGGUGGUAACAGUAACGCGCAAACGAACGGAUCGACUGUACCAUCACGACCAGAGGAGGACACUCACAUGACGGAUAGUCAGGAUCUCAAUACACAAAACCAACAUGAGUUCCAGACUCCAAGCCGCGUUGGCACACAGACACAGCCUUAUACUCAGACGCAGAAGUCGCAAGUAUCUGGCCAGACUCACAUGGCACCAGAUUCCCACCCUGGAGAAUACCACAACAGCGCAUCGACGACUACGUCUGGUCAGAAGACGUCGGAUCGAUCCUCUGGGGCAAAGAUGAACACACAGAGCUCUAAUGGUGUUGGACCUUCGGGUGUUCCCGAUUUCUACGAGAUGAUGCCUCAAGCUGGUGGGUCGCAGCUACCAGAUACGCAAGGUUCGUCCUUACCCCACCAUCAAGCUCAUUCUUCAUCAUUCUCGACUGACUCUUUCAAUUUUGAAGAAGUCCAAUACCAAAGUAGCGUGCCCUCCAAUUCGCAAUACUCGCCAUCCUCCCAGCCGCCAAACCCGAUGCCUGCUCCCGCUAUCCCUCGUCAUUCAACCAACAUAGCUUCUUUGUUGAAUGAUGAAAGCGAGAAAACUCAACCUGCUCUGCUGAUAGACGAAGACCGAUUGGUAGAUCUUCAUCAGUCGCUAGUAAGGAAGACAUCCGGGCUCUCUGUGGAGCAACUCGAACAAGUGAACGCAUGCUUGAUGGACACAAUCUGGCACGCCCGCUCCGAGUGGAACCGUAACAUCGUCAGCCACAACGUAGCCGACGCCUUUAAUAAGAUCAUUCACGAUAUCGAGGAGAUGCAGACUUUGCUCAAACCGAGCCAGACGGAAGCUCUUUAUUCGCAGGCGCUUCCGCAUACGCAACCUGGUCACUCGUAUCCAUACAGUACCGCCCAAGCAGUUCCCUGGCCUGCUGAGCAUUCGCAGCAUGUCGCCCCCGUAGAGCGACAGCCAGCGCAAUUUGCCUGA